UCGGACAUAAAGAAGAUGACUAAGAAUUUUGAAGAAAAACUAGGCCAAGGGGGCUUCGGUUCUGUUUACAAAGGAAAGCUUCGAAGUGGCCAUCUUGUAGCAGUCAAAUUGCUCAGAAAAUCCGGAGCAAAUGGGCAAGACUUCAUCAAUGAAAUAGCAACUAUAGGGAGGAUCCAUCAUGUAAACAUUGUCGAACUUGUUGGAUACUGCGCUGAAAGAUCCAAGCGUGCUCUCAUUUUUGAUUUCAUGCCAAAUGGUUCCCUUGACAAGCACAUCUUCAACCGAGAAAAAACUUCUCCAAUGGAUUGGGAAAUGAAAUUUAAGAUUGCAGUUGGAGUGGCUCGAGGCAUUAAGUAUUUGCACCAUGGUUGUGACAUCCAGAUCUUGCAUUUUGACAUCAAACCUCACAAUAUACUUCUUGAUGAUAAUUUCGUUCCAAAAAUAUCAGAUUUUGGGCUGGCAAAAUUAUGCGCCACAAAUAAGGAGGCAGUGACAUUGACGGCUGCUAGAGGAACCAUAGGGUAUGUUGCUCCUGAACUUAUCAAUAGAAGUAUUGGUAAAGUGUCUUACAAGGCUGAUGUGUAUAGCUUUGGAAUGUUGUUGAUGGAAAUGGUAAGUUUAAACAAACACUUGAGACGAAACAAUGAUGAAUCUAGUAAGUAUUUCCCAAAUUGGAUAUACGACCACUUGAGCCAAGGUAGGGACAUUGACGUUGGAAAUGUUGAUGAAAAUGACAAUAGAAACAUUGUUCGGAAGAUGACUAUUGUUGCGUUAUGGUGCAUACAAAUGAGUCCAGAUAAUCGUCCAUCAAUGAAUAAGGUACUGGAUAUGUUAGAAGGUGAUGUUGAACAUCUGCAAAUUCCUAAUUAUCCGUCACAGACAGUGUAUAUGGAUAAAAAUGAGGAAGAAUGCUGGAAUACAGAUUCAUAUGAUUCCACAUCAUUGUUGCAUGAUAACAAUGGUAGGUGCAUUAUUGAGAUAGUUAGCAAUGCUUGA